AAGUCCUAUUUAGUUCAAGUUCAAAGUUUUUGCUGAGCAACAACGGGAAAGGUGUCAGUCGGUAUUAACUAUUCCACGAGUGAAAAUGGGUGAGAACGUAAAAGUUAUAGUUCGUUGUAGACCAAUGAAUCAAAAAGAAAUAAAAGCCAAAUGCGAAAAUGUUGUUGAAAUUAGCGAGUAUUGCAUAUCUGUGCUAAAUCCCUCUGCAAAAACGGCUCCAAGGAAAGUUUUUACAUUCGACACUGUAUAUGACACCAUUUCGAAUACUGAAACAAUUUAUAAUGACAUGUGCUAUCCGCUGGUUGAAAGCACAUUGGAGGGAUAUAAUGCAACAAUAUUUGCUUAUGGACAAACAGGCUGUGGUAAAACUCACACAAUGCAGGGAGAUGGAUCAAAUAUCGGAGUCAUACAAAAAUGCUUUGAUCACAUAUUUGAGAGCAUAGCCAUGGCAAGCAACAUUAGGUUCUUAGCUUUGGUGAGCUAUCUGGAAAUCUACAAUGAAAACAUUCGCGAUUUGUUGAGUGGUGACGAGUUUUCGGCCACUGUAAGUCAUCCACUCAAAGAAGUGCCUGGCAUUGGAGUAACAGUUCCUUCACUGACCACACAGGCUGUGGUAAAUGCCAAGCAGUGCUAUCAUUGGCUAUGUUUUGGGAAUAAAAACCGGGCGACGGCUUCCACACUGAUGAAUGAGAACAGUUCGCGUUCGCACACAAUAUUCUCAGUAAGCCUAGAGCAGUUUCAAGGAUCGUUUACUUCAUCUACUCCAAAGUCAGAGACAGGAACCACAUCGGAGGAGAUCUUAGGAGGAAUACUACGAGGUAAACUGAACUUAGUCGACUUGGCAGGUUCGGAAAGGCAGCAAAAGACUGGAGCAUUUGGCGACCGAUUAAAGGAAGCGACCAAAAUUAAUCUGUCUCUCUCUGCUUUGGGAAACGUUAUAUCAUCGCUGGUUGAUGGAAAGACAAAACAUGUGCCGUAUAGGGACUCAAAGUUAACUCGGUUACUCCAAGACUCUUUGGGUGGCAAUACAAAAACCUUGAUGAUAUCAUGUAUAUCGCCAGCAGAUACAAACUAUGAUGAGACUCUUUCCUCUUUGCGAUAUGCAAAUAGAGCUAAAAAUAUUUCAAACAAGCCCCAUAUUAAUGAAGACCCUAAAGACGCAAAACUUCGUCAGUAUCAAAGUGAAAUAUUAAAAUUGAAGAGAAUGCUCGAAGAGAGUCAAGGCAAUAAAAAACUCGAAAUUCGACCUGACUCCACAGACCUCAUUAAAAAAAGCUCCAACGUCAGUUCCAGAUUAGAAAUGCCCCAACCUUCGACUAGUCAUAAUAACACCGACCUUAAGGAGACCGAUAACUUCGCAAAACAGUCAGAUCCAGUUUCUGAACUUCAAUUACAGGCACGAACAAGAAUCGAUUUGAUAAAGCAAGCUUUAAUAGGUGGCGAACGAGCAGAUGAUCUUAAUUUAAGGGAAAGGCAUAGGUUGCGAAAAAUGGAGGCAGAACGGCAUCUAAGUGCAAUUGCGCAUGCACUGAGCAGAGUUGAAAGUCAGGAUCGUGAGUUUUUGCAAGUACAUUAUGCCAGCAUAGCUCAGGAAAUAAAUGUAAAAAACGACCACAUUAAAGUGUGCCGUCAGAAAAUAAAGAUGCUGGAACGGGAAGUUUUUGAUUUAAAUUCUGAAUUUCAGUUAGAUAGGGAAGAUUAUUUGGAUGAAAUUCGUCACCUCGGUCGCAACAUAAAGUUCUAUCAACAACUAUUGACCAGAGUGCAGCCUUUUCUUUGGAGGAGCGGCAAAAAUUUGAAUCCUGAUAACAUAUUGGAGAACUCAACGUGGAACGAUGACUUGAAAGUUUGGGUGAUUCCUGAUUCCGAUACUAUAAAACUACCACCUACACAGCUAAGCGCAAGUCAUCAUAACAGGCAAGGCCGCAGCAAGGACAGUCAAAGAACGUUAGAUUGUCUUCAAUCAGUUGAAAAUGGCCAGGGUUCUGACACUGAUGAAUUGGACGAAUCGGAUAAAGUCAAUAUACUAAAAAACUAUUUCCGCCCAAAUCGACAAAAAAAUAGAGACCGAGCACUGCGAACAAAAAGUUCGCAGGUGUAUAAAGGAGAUUUGCCGUUUAAUGCAAAAAAGAUAUCACUUAAAGCAACACGAUUAACUUUCCCCGAAGGAACUACUCUUGCAGAUCACAAACACUUAAAAAUUAAAGAUUUGUUAGGUAAAUCUUCAGUUAGUGCUUGGACCUCACAUCCAAUGACGGAGAAUGCCUUGAGUUCAGGAUCAAUUGAAGAAACUCACGAAUUGAAUGGUAAUACUUAUUCACAACAAAACGAAACGUCGUUUUUGUAACAGGUUUAAAUUUAUACUCUUCAUACCAAGGGCGGGACAAAACAUAGCUGCAAAAGCCUACAAAUGGCUGUAACACCGAUAACAGAAUAAAAAAGAAUCAAAAUUUGUUUUCUGCAACUCAAUUCAUCAAUAU